AUGGCGUCCACCUCCUGCUUCCUCCACCAGUCCACCGCCCGCCUCGGCGCGUCGCCGCGCGUCGCAGCCCCGCGCAGCAGCCAGCUGUUCGUCUGCAAGGCCCAGAAGCAGGACGCCGCCGCGGAUCAGAGCGACGUCUCUCGCCGCGCCGCGCUCGCGCUCCUCGCCGGCGUCGCCGCCGUCGGCGCCAAGGUGAGCCCCGCCGCCGCCGCCUACGGAGAAGCAGCCAACGUGUUCGGCAAGGUCAAGACGAACACGGACUACAUCGCGUACAGCGGCGACGGGUUCAAGCUGCUGAUCCCGUCCAAGUGGAACCCCAGCAAGGAGCGGGAGUUCGCGGGGCAGGUGCUCCGCUACGAGGACAACUUCGACGCCAACAGCAGCGUGUCCGUCAUCAUCCAGCCCACCUCCAAGAAGACCAUCACCGAGUACGGCUCCCCCGAGGAGUUCCUCUCCCAGGUCGACUUCCUGCUCGGCAAGCAGGCCUUCGGCGGCAAGACCGACUCCGAGGGUGGGUUCGAGACCGGCGCUGUGGCCACCGCCAACGUCCUGGAGAGCUCCACGCCCGUGGUGGACGGCAAGCAGUACUACAGCGUGUCGGUGCUGACGAGGACGGCGGACGGAGACGAGGGCGGCAAGCACCAGCUCAUCACGGCCACCGUCUCCGACGGCAAGCUCUACAUCUGCAAGGCGCAGGCCGGCGACAAGAGGUGGUUCAAGGGCGCCAGGAAGGGCGUCGAGAAGGCCGCCGCCUCCUUCAGCGUCGCAUAA